AUGUCUACCCAUGUAGAACAACCCAUCUUGAGCGCCAAACCUGAAAGCUCCAUACUAGACCCCGUUGUCGACUCUGAUAUCUCGACCACCGAAAACCAAACACCAGAAAAGUCUCCCGUACCUCCUCCUCCAAAUGGGGGAUUAAACGCCUGGUUACAGGUUGCGGCAGCCUUUUUCCUUUUCUUUAACUCCUGGGGUCUUGUUAACACAUUCGGUGUCUUUCAAACCUACUAUGAAGACACGCUACUUUCUACUUACUCUGCAUCUUCCAUCUCUUGGAUCGGCACUGUGCAAGGCUUUCUUCUUUUACUAGCAGGAGUCAUUGUGGGUCCAGCUUUUGACAAAGGUCAUCUCAAAAGUCUUCUUGCCAUCGGCCUAUUUCUCGUGGUCUUUGGAUUGAUGAUGACUUCAUUGUCAAAGGAAUACUAUCAGGUAUUCCUUGCUCACGGUGUUGUCGUUGGAAUCGGCUGUGCAUUUCUAUUCCUCCCUUCUAUAGCCGUUUUAGCGACCUAUUUUUCCUCCCGAAGUGCUUUAGCAACAGGAAUCACUGCUGCUGGUGGAAGUAUUGGAUCCGUGAUCUAUCCAAUUGUAUUUCAUAAAUUAAUUGGUCCUGUCGGAUUUGGCUGGACUACUCGCAUAAUUGCAUUCAUCGCUCUUGCCGGUAGUACCUUCUCCUUGGCCGUUAUGAGACAACGUCUACCGCCUCCUCAAAAGGCUCGAUCUUUGAUAGAUCUAAGUGCUUUUAAAGAACUACCAUUCGUUCUACUUUGCUUUGCUCUUUUCUUCAGCUUCACGGGACUUUAUUUCCCUUUCUUUUACCUGCCUUCAUUCUUCAGUGACUCUCUUCACGCCAGUUCCAACAUCUCAUUCUACAUAAUUUCCGUCUUGAAUGCUGCAUCGUUCGUUGGACGAAUCACACCGGGUCUUAUCGCGGACCGAAUUGGCUCUUUGAACACGGUUAUGCCAGUCAACCUGCUUGCUGCUAUUAUGGCAUUUGCUUGGAUGGGGAUUCAUAACGAAGCUGGUGCUAUUGUCUUUGCUUGCAUUUAUGGGUUCGCGUCGGGUGCAAUUGUCUCGUUACCACCCACCAUUCUUCUUAGAUUGAGUCCCAACUUAGCUAUUGUGGGUACUCGCAUGGGUAUGGCAUUCACUUGUGCUGGUUUAGGACUAUUGAUUGGAAAUCCCAUUGCGGGUGCCUUGUUGGAUUUGGAGAAGGCUAUCUUCUGGAAGGCUCAGCUUUUCUGUGCAAUCAUGGUGGUGACGGGCUUGGGUUUCUUUAUUUGGCUACGUCUUUUCAUGUGGAGACGUGGUGAGGGAUGGAAGCUUUGA